AUGUUGCUAGAUCGGGUCGUUCAGCUCAAGUGCGGAGUCAAGCACGAUCCGUGGGGGAAGAAGGGGAAGGCAUCUCUCGCUGGGCAUCUAUGGGCCCAGACGGAGUCGACUGGGGUUAAGGAAGAUGAGACGUACUCGGAGAUGUGGAUGGGCACAUAUCCCACCGUCCCGGCGCGCCUCCUCGCAACGGGCGAAACACUCGAGCACUUUCUGAAACGGAAACCGGAGGUCGUCGGCGACUCGGUGAGGAGGCGGUUCCAAACUGGGUUGCCCUUCUUGCCUAAGGUCCUCUCCUUCGACAAGGCCCUACCCCUCCAAGUCCAUCCGGACAAGCGUCUCUCCGAGCAACUAAACCUCAAAGACCCCGACCAAUUCGGGGACCCAAACCACAAGCCCGAAAUUGCAGUCGCACUCUCCGAGUUUGAGCUCUUCGCGGGAUUCAAGCCCCUUGCUGACAUCGAGGCUUUAAUGGCAAUUAAGCCACUGGACCAAUUCGUGCCCGCACACUCCACAUUUGAUGACGACCUCCUGCGCAGAAUCUGCCGGAUCCUGUUAGAGUUACCCCCUGAGACGGUGUCUGAGACCGUUUCAGCUGUCCUGUCUCUGCCCGCGGAAUCGUUCCCCCCAGAGCACAGAUAUGUGCCCGGUUUGAUAGAGCGCCUGAGCAAGCAGUAUACCGAGUCCGACAACGGGGCUCUCGUCGCCGUGCUGCUGAUGAACUACAUGACGCUUCAACCCGGUGGAGCCGUCUGCGUCCCCGCUGAUAGCAUCCACGCGUACCUACGCGGAGAUAUCCUCGAGUGCAUGGCUCGCUCGGACAACGUGCUCGCGACGGGGUUCUGCCCGCGGCCGACGCGGAACAACGUCGAGCUGUUUACGCGCGCGCUCUCGUUUAAGCCGCAUGGUCCCGAUGAAGCGAAGCUGGGGCAGAAGAAGAGCGAGAGGGGUGAGUUGGGCCGCACGAUCGAGUACGCGCCGCCGUUUUCCGAGUUUAAUGUGCUUGCGACGGUGCUAAAGGGAGGAGAAGAGGAGCGGCAGAAGCCGAUUGCGGGACCGAGUAUUGUGGUUGUGACGAGGGGCAACGGGGAGAUGAUUGUGAACGGGCAGAAUAAGUUGGGUAUGCAUGAGGGGUCGGUGUUCUUUGUUGGGGAGGGGGUGCCGAUUGAGUUGGUCUCGAGGGACGGGAUGCAGGUUUUUCGGCCGUAUGCUGAGUGAAGGACUCGAAGCACCAACAUCAAGACUGACACCAACAUGAUCAAAAUACGACGAUGUAUCUAAUGUGUC